AUGUAUCUUUUUAAAUAUCAAUCAUUUUGUAUAUUUUUGAUAUGUUUACAAUUUCCAAUUAUUAUUGUUGGUGAUUAUAAUGGAUAUCGGGCAAGUUUACCUAGAGAUAAUUUGCCACAAAAUACACAUCCAUUUAUUAAGCCAUACUACCACUCAAUAAAUGAUUAUGAAAAUCAAAAUUAUAAUUAUUGGUAUGAAAAUAAGCCUUUACCUCAUUAUCAUGGAAAUGUACCUAUUACAAUACAUCAACACUACACACAAGAAGAACAUUUUAUUGAUGAUGAAACUUAUGUGACAGAUCCUCCUGGUUUUUCAUUGACAAAGUAUAAACAAGAAAAUUUACAAAAAUUGUCAAUUAACAAAAAUAAUAAUUAUUCUUCUACAAAAAUAGAUAAAUCUCAACUUCCAAAAGCAAGACUUAGUGGUUCAGAAAGUUUUGAUGGUAAAGAUACGACUCCACAACAAAUUAUAGAUAGAAAUAAAUUAACAAAAAGUGAAGAAAAAUUAUUAAAAGAAAUUGAGGAGGAAAUUGCUAUGGAGGAAGAAAAAAAAGGAAAAUCAGUAAAUUCAAUUGUAAAUGAUAUUAGUAAAGGUAAUAACAAACCUGAAAAUAAUAUGAAUGAAAUAACAAAAGAAAAGUCAACAAAUAAAAUUGUAGAUGAUAUCACUACCAAUGAAGAGUAUAAAAAAAUUAAAAGUGAAAAUAAUAUUAAUGCUGGAACACAAGAUAAAUCAACAAAUUUAGUUGUAGAAGACAUCACCGAUGAUGGGUUAAAAAGAGACAAAGGAAAAGUAACAACAGAUCUUAUCGGAACAUCAAUUUCUACAAUUAAAUCAGCAGAAAAAUUUGAUGGAUUUGCAAAAUAUCCUCCAGGUACACAACCAGAUCCUUUCUCACAUUUACCUAAAGUUUCUACUUCCGCUAAUACAUAUACUGAAAAUGGAGAUAAAAAAGAAAGCAAGUAUAAAACUACAUUUGGAAAUGAGGUAAAUAUAAAUGAACCAGAUAAUGAUAAAAAUCAAGGAUCUGAUUAUAUGGAUGAUUUAGACAAAAUGUCUACAGGAGAAAAAAGACCAACAACAUCUACACCAAAAAAAUAUAUAUCAAAAGAAAAGGCUGGUAAUGAUUAUGAUUUAAUUUCAUAUGAUAAUAAAAAAACAUCUUAUGGAGAGGAAGAAAAUGCUGACUUUUUUACUGAUGAAACAAAAAAACCAAAAACAAAAAUGCAAUUAGAAAAACAAAAACAUUUUGAAGAAGAAAAAAAAGAAUAUGAAACAACUUAUACAUCAAGUAAAAAAACUUCUGAUAAAUUAAAAUGCUGUCCAUGUUGUGGUCCAAGUACUUUGUCACCAAAUAUUUUAUUACCAACUACUUUGUCACCAAGAAUUUCACCUAAAUAUGAAUUUACACAACUGAUUAGUAAUCCUCAAAUACCAGUACAAAGUUCAAUUUUACAAAGUAGCUAUGCUUCGUCAUAUAUUCCUACAGGAGCAGAGUUGGCAGCAAGAUAUGGAGUUCCAUAUCCAUCUAUGGUUAGUCAAGGAAAAUCAUGUGGAUCACCUUCUAUUCCUUGUAUCCAAAUACCUUAUAUUCCUCCUCCAUGUUGUAUAACACCACCACCUCCAUGUUGCCUUCCAACUAUACCAUGUUGUCCUAAAAUUAAUAUUUCCUGUUGUCCACAAAGUGCCAUUUGUUGUGAACCAAAUCAAAAUCAAUAUCAACAACCAAGAACAUCAUGUAAUUCAUGUAAAAGUAAAACAAUAAUGAAAUAUAGAAGUAAAAGAAAUACAUGUUUACCAUGUAAAUACAAUAAACGAUCAAAAAGAUCUGAUUUCUUUAAAACUAUUAAUCCAGAUAUAGACCAACAUCUUAGGGUAAAAAGAUUUGGUUGUAUACCCUGUCUUCAUAGACGAGUUAAACGUACGCCAUUAAAAUCCAAUUGUCAAACUUGUUCUGGAAAUGGAAAUAUACGAGCAAAAAGGUCAAUUAAUUGUACAUUAUGUACAGCAGGAAAAUUAACAAUCCCAAGUAGAAGUAAAAGGGAUACCAUAUAUGAUUCACCCGGAUAUGAUAAUAUUUUUAACUGCGAUAAAUCAUGUUGCGAUUAUUCAAGAUGCAAUGAGCUUAGUGCAAAACCACUACAGUCAAAGAAAAAAAAUCUUAAUUAA